AAAGCGUAUAUGGCUAAAAGGAGAUGAGCGACGCGAAGGAUCGAGGCACGACUUUGGAUAGAAAUAUGGGACCGGAGAUGGAUUUGGUGAACAGACCAAAUCCUUGGCUUCCGGCCUAUGGCUUUCAGAUUCAGCAUCAUGCCAACUUUCAACCCACGCACGACGAUCUACGCGCUAAUGAAACGAUGCUAGCCCAGCAGGUCGACUUUUUGGAGACGAUCCUCGAGGAGACGUCGGACGACCUCCAGAGUGACUCGGACCGUAGUGGCACUACUUACUGGCUUGGCUCCGACUCGGAAAAUGAAAGCGUCAUUCAUAUCAAGGCCGCCCAGCGUAUACCAGAUGAUAAGCAGGACGGGAGUGGCAGUGAGUGCAACUCGGUGGUCCCGAAGAAACGACGCCGUAAAAACGGAAGCGAGGCAUCCGCUGGGGGCAGCGGUGGCAGCUCUCGCGACUCCUCGGCCUCCUCGCGCUCCAGCUCACUCCUUCAAUUCGAGUCGCUCGAGCGCACUUGCGCCACUCUCUCGCCCUCCAACUACAGCUUUGACUCCUUGGAAUUCACCGAUCGUCGGCAGCCACGAGCCGGCUUUCUUGCCAAUGGCGGCGGCGGCGGCGGCGGCGGGACCCAUGGCAAUUAA